AUGGCACGCAAGGAGGCACACCGAGACAACAAAGCCGCGACGUUGGAGAAGUGGCAAGCCGAGGCUGGAAUGCUUGAGAAGAAGCGUAUGGCAGAUCUUGCUGCGGAAGCAGACGAGCAUGACCAGAUGCAUGCGGCUGGUGUUCCCGGCCAUAUCAUGCGGCGAUUUAGAGAGAUGGAGACGUCGUUUGAAAAGGAGAGUCUCUUCUUUCAGGAGAAAUUGAAGAAAUUGAGGGCGCUGGGGUUCAGUGAUGAAGACGUUGCAUGGGUUUGGUCGAGAAAAUCAGAUGAUGAGGAUGGUGAUAAAAGCUAUCAUACGGCGAAGACGUCACAGAGCUAA